CCCGUGUAACGGGCCUAUAGAUUUUUGCGGGAAGCUAUUUGUUGAGCAUCAUCGAAAUGCAGCAGCGAAAUUUGCCGUCUGAAUCGGAGGAUAUUUACAACGAAACUAUCCGCGCACUUGACGAUUAUUUUAGUGAUUAGUGCGACGCAUCAAAAGAGAGGAUGAAGUUCCGUGAGAUGAAGAUGAAAGUGCAUGAACCAUUUGCGGACUGGGUGCUGCGUCUUGAAAAGCAAGCGGUGUUAUGCGAGUUCGUGGGUGCGCAGCGUGAGGAAGAGAUAAUGCAGGCAACGGCGAUCGGUUCCAGAAAUAUCUGCUAAACUUUACGAAAUGGCAAACUUUUUCGGUGACAAUUUAGAACGAGUAAUUAGCCAUGGAAAACAUCUCGCUUUCAUUCGGACGGAAGAGGUGGAGAGGAAGCCGGAAGGAGAAGAAGGGAACUCCGCGCAAAGUCAAGAUGAUCGACGAGCAUUGAUAAGAUCGGUGAACGUAUUGGCGAAAGUUCCGGCUAAUCGAUAUAAGCCUUACGAGACAAUGUGGAGUAAAAUGCGAGCUGCAGGUUCUCGAGUACAGAACAAUGAGGAAAUGCGUGGAGGAAUGCGACUCUGUACGAAGUGCGGACGUGCGCACGGUUGGGGCCAAUGCAAAGCAUUUCGCGCGAAAUGUUUCUCCUGUGGAAGAACCGGCCAUUUUGCCGAAUUUUGCUUUGCAGCAAAAAGAAACCAUAAUACAUUGGGAAUGAAACAAGAAGCCAAGCGUGUCAACCAGCUGAUAACUGGCAAGGCGACGUCACCUGGGGUGAUAAGUGAUCCGUGUAUCGUGAAUUGUGUUAUAGGAUCGGUGGAGUUUAAAUUCUUGGUGGAUUCGGGGGCGACUGUGAAUACGGUAACUAAGAAAGGCUGGGAGAGGAUCAAGGAAGAAUGUAGUUCUGUAAUUCAAGACAUUAAUUACAUUGCACCCGGAAGAAAUUUUGAAAGGAUAUGCCACUCAUCGACCGUUAGAAGUGAUGUGUUCAUUUAAGGCUUAUGUGGGGGUGAAACUGCUGGACAGGCAUUUGGCCAAGUUUUUUGUAGUGAACGGUACCGAGAUUUCACUUCUCGGUUUUCAAACGGCAAGUAAUUAAAAUUAAUACGGAUAGGGCUAGGGCUGCUAAAGAAGGAGAUAAAUUGUGCCAAAUUAGUUGGGAGAAACACAAGCAUCGGCAACAGUGAAUCAGGGCCAGGUGCGGCUGAUCAGUGGGUCAAAUUUCCGAAAAUCGGUGGGGAACUGGUAAAAUUCCGAAUAGACACAUCAGUGAUACCAAAGCGCAUAAUUAGAUAUAACGUCCCAAUUGCGUUCGAGAAAGCAGUUAAUGAAAGACUUGAAGACAUGGAGAGAAGGCAGAUUAUAGA